AUGGCUUACUCUUCAAUUCCACAGCUUCCAUCUUUCACUCUAAAAUCUUCCCCAUCAUCUCACUUUCAGAUAAGGUCCACUUUCGAAAAUGAGAGCUCCGCCACCGGAGUUUCGAAUGAUUCAUUCGAACCUGCUAAGAAGAAGUCAGCUGAGUUAUCGACAUCACGGCGUUUGUGUCUCGCAUGUUUAUGUUCAAAUCUAGCUUUAAUUGGCAGUUCUAGCAACUCUGCUUCUGCAACGACCAUGGACGGUAACGAAAGGGCCGUGUGCCGGAAUUGUUCAGGGAGUGGUGCUGUACUUUGUGAUAUGUGUGGUGGUACAGGAAAAUGGAAAGCUCUCAACAGGAAACGUGCUAAGGAUGUUUACGAGUUUACGGAAUGUCCAAAUUGUUACGGUCGGGGAAAACUGGUUUGCCCUGUUUGUUUAGGUACUGGUUUGCCAAAUAAUAAAGGUCUUCUAAGGAGGCCCGAUGCAAAGAAGUUGCUUGACAAGAUGUACAACGGUCGAAUUGUGCCGAUGUCUUAGGCGUGUCAUGCAUCUAAGCCCGGGAUGUAAAACAGUCCGAGUGUAUAACAUUUUUGAAUGUGUUCCUGAAAACUGGAGUGCAAUUCAUGGACCUAUAUUGGGCACAUUGAAUUUCUUCAAUCUACUCCUAUGCAUACAGUUCACUAAAUUAAUUGUACCCAUUAAAUAAUAAA